UGUCAACGACACAGGAUCAUGUCCGCGUGUACGUGUCGUUAAAAAGGGGACCUGUUUUCUUUUUAUUUGUUUUUUUCUCCCGUGUGGAAUUUUCCCUUUUUCAUUCUCAACCAAUCGUCAAUCAAAAAUGGAUUUCCGAUGGAUUGACACGGUCCAAGAGGUCGUGUCGUCCGUGUCGUCGCGGCUUCACCUGAACCGCCUGUCGCGACCAGACUUGUCAUUGGCCGAUUUGAGCGCCAACUGGCGCCGGCGAGUGCCGCGCCCGCCGCGCGUCGACUGGUCCCUAAUCGGUUCCCGGCUGCGUCUCGGCCUUUCACGGGUCAAAGUUGAAGUGCCGGCCAUCAAAAUGCCUCCCAUCCGCAGCCGACGAGGAUGGUGCGGCUGCUUCCAGAAAGAUGAGCCGCCCGAAAUCACCUACUGUGUAGUCAACCAGAACGGCAUGAUGCACCUGCAGACGCUAUCGCCAGCUCAACCGAUGCCGGAAGAGUCGGAGUUGGAUGCCAAGUUCACGGAAUUGCUGGAAGAAUUGGAUCUGACUCCACCCAACCGGGCGGCAAUGUUGGCUCUGCCGGCGGAAAAGAAAUGGCAAAUCUACUGCAACCGGAAAAAGGAUCCUGGUCAAGAGUCUGACGUCUCUAAUCCACCGGAACACUACAUCGCCAAAGUCAACACUAUUGCCCAGUUGCCGUUCUCCGAGGAUGACGCUGAAGAAAUGAGAAUUCGCACCAAACUGGUCGACAGUCUCAAGACGGCGCUGCGGACGCAGCCACAUUCGUUCGUCCAGCGUUUCAUCGAGCUGGACGGAUUGCCGUCGCUGUUGGGCGCCCUCGGCUCGAUGGACGAGCUUACGGCCCAUUGCGGCCUUCAUAAUGCAUAUAUCGGAUGCGUCAAAGCACUCAUGAAUAAUUCAACGGGAAGAGCUCACGUAUUGGCUCAUCCGUCAUCCAUAAAAAUCAUCUCGCAAAGUUUGUCGGCCGAUAAUCCCAAAGUCAAAAUGGCCGUCCUAGAGAUUCUCGGUGCCGUUUGCCUCGUGCCGGGAGGCCACCGCAAGGUGCUCGAGGCCAUGCUCCACUUCCAGGAAUACGCUGGAGAGAGGACACGAUUUCAGACCAUCGUUAACGAUCUUGAUCGGAGUAUUGGUGCCUAUCGGGACGAUGUCGGUCUCAAGACGGCCACUAUGUCUUUCUUGAACGCGCUGCUCAAUUACGGGCCGGGCGAGGACAACCUCGAGUUCCGGUUGCACUUGCGCUACGAGCUGCUCAUGCUUGGCAUCCAGCCGGCCAUUGAUAAAUUGAGAGCACAUGAAAAUCAAACCCUUGACAGACAUUUAGACUUUUUCGACAUGGUCCGUGCCGAGGACGAAAGGGAGUUGGCUCGAAGAUAUGAAGAGGUUCAUGUGGACACCAAGAGCGCGACAAGCAUGUUCGAAUGUCUAAGAAAGAAACUGACUCAUACGCCGGCCUACCCACAUUUCCUCUCACUCCUCCAGCAUGCCUUACUUCUCCCGCUUGAUUAUGGAUCACAUCCGUACCACUGGCUCAUGUUUGAUCGAAUCGUACAACAGUUGGUUCUACAAGGAGAGACGGGUGAAGACAUUGAUGGCGCCCCAUUGGAAAUAAAUGUGAAAGAAAUUGUUCAAUUGUUGGCGACCGAACAGGAACUGCUAGCGGCUCAAAACAAAGCUGAAGAAUUUGAAAAAGAAAAUUGUGAUUUAGUCAACAUGUUGACUCUCAAAGAACAAGAACUUGAUCUUCGGCUUCAGGAAAAGGAGGAUAGUGAAGCUGGGCUCAAUCGGUUGAAAGAAAAGUUCGAACGUGAAACUGUGGCCCAUUUAGAGGCUAAACAGAAGAUUGCCGAUAUGGAAACGUAUCUCAAUGAACUCGGUCAGCAGUUGCAGAUGGUCCAGCAAGAUAAAAUGAAACUGGAACACAUCCUCAACCACUCCGGGACUAGCAUUCCUGACGAUGCUAAAAACGGAAUCAAAGACUUUAGCUUUAGCCCGCCACCCGGCCUUGCUAACUUCAUGAAUGGUAGCAAGGGUUUCGAAAAUUCGAAAAUGCCUCCUCCUCCUCCGCCACCUCCUCUUGGUGGUCCACCACCUCCGCCCCCACCUGGCUUUCCCUGCGCCAUUCAGCCACCGAAACCUGUCGCUAAAAAAGACGUUCCGCCUUCCUCCGUGCCUCUCAAGUGUUUCAACUGGACCAAAAUUCCCGAUACGAAAGUCGCUGGCACCAUUUGGACAGAAUUGGAUGAAGCCAAAUUGUAUAAGGUUAUCGACUUGGGAGAAUUUGAUAAAUUGUUCUCCGCUUAUCAGAAGAACGGCUUAAAUAAUCAUGAGGGCUCAACAGAAGAUUUGCGCCAGAUCACAACUGGUAAAAUGAAGCAAAGGAACCUGUCGGUAGUCGAUGGUCGUCGCGCUCAGAAUUGUACAAUUUUACUGUCCAAGUUGAAAAUGUCGAACGAGGACAUUAUUCGAGCAUUGCUGAGCAUGGAUAGUAAAGAAGAAUUACCAAUGGAUAUGGUGGAACAAUUGCUGAAGUUUAUCCCUACCAAUGAAGAGCGAGCACUGCUGGACGAGCGCAGUAGUGAUUUGGAUUCUCUCUCGCGUGCCGAUCGUUUCUUGUAUGACGUUUCAAAGAUUAGUCACUAUGAGCAGCGUUUGAACACGCUAUUCUACAAGAAGAAGUUUGCCCAAAGCGUCAGCGAGAUGGAGCCUAAGAUUGUGGCCGUCAUGGAGGCGUCGAAAGAAGUGGCCCGCAGCAAAAAGCUCAAAAAAUUGCUAGAGAUCAUCUUGGCUCUAGGCAAUUACAUGAAUCGUGGCCAAAGGGGCAACGCUGUCGGUUUCCGUAUUUCCAGCCUUAACAGGUUGGCAGAUACCAAGUCAUCUAAGAACACGACUUUGUUACACUAUCUCGUCGAUAUUCUGGAGAGCAAGUUUAAAGAUGUGCUGAAGUUACACGAAGAUCUGCCACACCUGAAGGAAGCGUCCAAAGUCAGUUUGGUUGAACUGGAAAAAGAAAUGAGCCAACUCCGAAGCGGCUUGAAGGCAGUUGAAAAGGAAUUGGAAUACCAUCGCACUCAAAGCCAUCCCACAACAGCGGGUGACCGUUUUGUUCCCGCGGUAAAAGAGUUCAUGGCGUCCGCCACUUGCCGUUUCUCCGACUUGGAAGACAAAUUUCAAGACAUGAAAAAUAGGUUUGAGAAAGUGAUUGGAACUCUCGGAGAUGAUCCGUCGACCGCACAACCCGAUGAAGUCUUUGGAGUCUUUGGCGUUUUCCUGAAUUCGAUGGCCGAAGCCAGGCAAGAAAAUUUAGCUGCCAAGAAACGUAAAGACGAAGAAGAAAAACGUCUCUUGCAGGAAGCAGAGCUUCGCAAACGCACGAUUGAUAGGAAAACCAGCAAAGAAGCCAUGCUUAGUCGGGUGUCAAAAGGACUAACGAUCGGAAAUGGACAGAACGGGGGAUCCAACGGGUGCCACGUCAACGGCGACAAAGGAGAAUUUGACGACCUGAUAUCAGCUUUAAGGGCAGGCGAUGUAUUUGGCGAAGACUUGGUUAAAAUGCGUCGUAAUCGUCGUCGUGCUAACGGCUCCCCUCAUCGCAUCAGUCAGACGAGUAAUUCUUCGGUCAGAGAUUCGAGAGAAAACAGUAGAGAGAGGGCGCUAAACAGAAAAUGAAAAGGUGUAAAGGGGAUCACCUUCACGAAAUGUACAUUUGUGUUGUAAGUGGGGCGAAUUUGUAAGGUGUCUUCGAUUUUGAGCGAACAUAUCACAAAAUUCAAUGUCGAUCUACUAAGCGAAAUCAUAAAGCUUAUUAUUUUUGUAUAUAGAACGCAUUUUGAAUUUUUGCAAGAGUAGAAUGUCUAUUUGAAAAUUUUUCCUUUGGAUGUUUCAAGAAUAAUUCGGUUUUCGAUAGUCAGUGGUAGAGUAUCGCUUCAGUUAAUUGUGAAUUAAGAAGAUAGGUUGACAGUUGAUGUCCUUUGCUGCUUUUGAUCUGUUGUUCAAUUUGACAGUUAUUUUUUAGAAUGUUGUACUUUCCCUUCUAGUCAGAUGCUUUGUUUUUUUUUCUCCCAUUCUCUUUUGUUGUAUCCUAUUUAAACAAGGAUCUUAUAAAGAUAAACUUUUUCAUUCUACGUAAGGCAAGACAGGACCAGGAUUCUUUGGCCUAUUUGAAUGCGUGUCUUACGUGUCGUGCCAAGGCCCACGGAGACGUCAGCAUAGCCGUGCACAUUACAAUAUUCCGUUUCCUUACAUUUAAGGGCAUAAAUUAUGUUGAAGUAAACAUAGCGGCUUGAUUUGUACAUAAUGUAAACCAAAAAGUCAAACGAUGAAUACAUUAAUCAAACAAUCUA